AUGGUAUGGGCUGAGGAUAGAGAGCACCGGGCAGAGGUGCUAAGAAGAUUGGGGCUAGACAUAGGUUCUACGCACUCCUAUGUAGCUAGUUCUAUUUCUGAAAACCUGGGGAUUUCAAUUGAGAGCACUUCUAGUGAGGUUAUUGUACUAAGUCCAUUGGGACAGUCUAUUCGGGUUGGUAAAAUUUAUAGAAAUAUUCCGUUAGGAGUACAAGGGGCUGAAUUUCUGGCAAAUCUGAUAGAGCUUCCGAUUGGGGAGUUUGACUUAAUUCUGGAUAUGGAUUAUGACUCUUGUAUAGGGGAUAUCAGAAUAAUGAGGGAUUUUCUAGAUGUUUUCCCUAAGGAGUUAUCGAGUUUACUUCCGAAUCAGGAAGUUGAGUUCAGUAUUGAGCUUCUGUCAAGUACAGCUCCGGUGUUCAUCGCUCCCUACCGAAUGGCACUGAAGGAGCUUAUAGAGCUUAAGGCUUAA